AUGUUUAGCAGGACAAUUAGAAGGUCCUUACUGGACAUACGGAUACCAAGCGCAACACUCCCACACACCUUCGUCUUACCAAGCCGAGCACGAUACUUCAACUCUACCACACAACAUGUCGAACCACUCAUCGAGCCACUCAUCGAGAGUAGCAAUACUACCCCAAUAUUCUCGUUACCAUCUUUAGAGCCAGAGAAAUCCUCAGUCGCAUCUUCGACCCCAAUCGUACCAUCCCUCAAUGUCGCCUCACCCUCACUAUCCCCCUCAGUCAGAGAGAUGCUUCCCUUUCUCACUGCCCAAUCAUCACACUUCAUGACUACACAUAUCUACAGUCGGCCAUACCUUGUAACUGUAGGAGACACAGUUAGACUUCCCUUUCGCAUGCCUGGCGUAGUUCCCGGCGAUGUUUUACGCCUCAACACCGUUUCGAGCAUUGGAUCGAGGGAUUACACCUUGAAAGGAACGCCUUACCUGGAUGAGAGGAUAUAUGAGUGCAGAGCGAGAGUCAUGGGUACCGAAGCGGAACCAAUGAGGAUCAAGGAGAAGACGAAAAGGAGGAAUAGGAAAGUGAAGACUGUGAGGAGCAAGCACAAGUAUACGAUUUUGAGAAUUGCUGAGCUCAAGGUCAACACCGUGGAGGAAAUUGAGGGUUAA